GAACAGGUGAGGCGGUGCAUGGCAGCCGAGUCGGUUCGAGCUCUUAGUGGGGAACCCAUUCAUAUCACGAGCUUCCCAAGAGGGUCAACACCGCAAGUGCCUGCUGCUGCUGCUGUCUCUGCCACCGAAAGCCCCCGUGGGAACCUCUCAUCUACUAUAUAAGCAAGCAGCAAGCGGCUCUCGCCGUCUUUCUUUCGCCUCCCCUCACUCCUCAGCCUAGGACCUUUUCGUCGGAGUUUCAUUUGGGUCCUCCUGACUGGCGGGAUCCCGCAAGGGGUUACGUGUGGAGACGUCGUCGUCGACUUCGAGGGAAGUUCUGGAAAGCCAUUCGUCGACUUGAAGUAAAACAGUUCUUGAAAACGUGUCGUCAACUUCGAGGGAAAUUCUAGAAACCGGUUGUCGAUUUGAAGGUAAACGGAUCGUGAAACCGUUUCGGUCGUCGACUUCGAAGACGAGUAUUACCGAAAGUCGUCGACCUAAAGAAUAAAAAAUCUUUUGAAACCGGUGUCCAGUACAAGAAUCACCGAAACGGGUCUUCGACUUCGAUGAAUAAGUUCUUGAAAAUCGUAAUUGUCGACACUGAGCGAAGGAAUGAAGAGGUUUCUCGCCUUCGUUCUCGAAACCGGUGUGACAUCGUGUGACUGACAAUUUUUUUGUGGGUUUCGUGAUCAUUCAUCUGGGAACCAGUUUUGCUAAAGUUUGCCCAAAAGUGAAAUCAACCAAGAAAUCGAGACAUUUUAAUCUGGAUAACUUUUUUUGUGUUCUAGUCCAAUGCUAGUCGUUAAGUAAAAUGAUUACGGUGAAGUUUUAUUGACAUAUCAAGAGAAACAGCAUCUUCUUUAGUCCACAAUACACUUGAACUCUGAUGAAACUACGACAACGCCGUUAGAUAAAAGUGAAGACCAGUGACAGUAAAGGAACUUGCCACUAUACAACAGAUGGAGGAAAAACUUACAACGAGAUAUCUAUAAGUAACUGAGAAAGUAUAUGACCCAUAACGACCCCAAGAUUUCCCAAAAAUCACUAGACUGAAAACGAGAAGACAAACCGUUUAGACGGUUCCGGUUCCUUAUAGGAUGCAGUCAACUCCCUCCGGUGGAUUUAACGUCUACCCCAGGCCUCCUAUGUCAGUGAUGCCUCCUCCUCCUUCAGUGUUCGCCUACCAGAUGCUUGGCAACCACCAUCCUCCUACCGGAGACCAGGCGCCUCAGUAUCGCCUGCUGCAUUCGCCCAUCUUCUUACCGAUUCAUAGCAGCGGCAGGAGCCCCGUCUAUUCACCCCAUUCGCCAAAAGAAGAAGAGAAAAAUUCCCACCUGGUGAUUCCAACGCCUCUCAGAGGCGAAUUCCCAGUGACUGGGUCUAGUGCCACGACGCCAUCUUCCUCUCCCAAGCUGGCGUCUACGCCCCCGAUGCAGACGUCGAUCAAAGUCACGGCUGUCAUCAGUCCGGCUGACGUCACUGACGUCCGCCCUAUCGCUUUCGACGUCACAGUACCCCCUGCCGGAGGAGACGAAGUCGAGGAUAAGAAAGAUCAACAGCCACUCGAUCUGACGAUGACUAAGAAGAGGCCGGCGAGUGAAGAACCCGUGAUCACGGCCAGUCUGAUCAAGAAGGAGGAGAAAGAAGAAGAAGAGGAAGAGGAGGUUGUUGUUGUUUCAAGUACAAAGAAGGAUAAACACGAUGACCUGAAGUCUGAAGAGGAGACCAAGAAGCCUAGGCCAAGUCACCCAUUCUUGCGCAUUAGCGAUUUGUUAAAAGAUUCCCCCCCAUCUAGCAGUCCUUCGAGAACGACCCAUCUGCAGCAAAAUGAGUCUAUUCAUAAACAGGAGGAACUGAGCAAACUUCCUCUUGUGUACCCGCGACCUAUGCAUCCAACGGCUUUGCUGGACUUCUACCGCAACCUAGACAGGACAGCUGUGAUGGCCAGCAACGUUGUCUCUGGUUGCUUGACUACAGCUCAGUACCCAGUAUUUACAUCACUCUUCCCGCCAAUUGCAAUGUCGCCUGCAAGACCUGUGGGGCUUGAAUUCUUCAAAACCCACUUACCAGGAGCUAGACCGUAUCCAGACCUCGUCCGUCCAUACGGUGACCUUCUGGCGCCACACCAAGUGCGCUCGUCCAAGGACCGUUACACUUGCAAAUUCUGCGGAAAGGUGUUCCCAAGAUCGGCCAAUCUUACGCGGCAUCUUCGGACCCAUACAGGUGAGCAGCCGUACAAAUGUAAAUACUGCGAACGCUCCUUCAGCAUUUCGUCCAACCUCCAGCGUCACGUGAGAAACAUCCACAACAAAGAGAAGCCUUUCAAGUGUCCCCUCUGCGACCGAUGCUUCGGCCAGCAGACGAACCUCGACAGACACCUCAAGAAACACGAAGAGGAAGGCGACGAGAUCCUCGAGAGUCUCCCCGACUCUCCGGAGGCGCCAGAUUCCAGCUGCAAUUCGUUGGCGAGUGACAAGAUGGCGACCGCCGCGGCAGAAGACAGCCCCGGAUGGACGCCGCCGUCCACUACUGUCGAUGGUCGCUUGAGUCAGACCUCCGGGCCGGACGUUAUUUUGGACGGUUCAAAACCGUCUUCUCCCGCUAGUUCGAUGCCCGCCGGUGAUUUAUCGAAAACCUCGGUUCCCGUGAUGGAAAUGGUUCCUGGUGUGGCACAAACAUGUUAUAAAAUGAACGACUCCGUAAAAGAGGAGUUGCCAGAUGCUGUCGAUAGCGAUUCGAAAGUACUGCACACGACUGAGCCACCCGUUAAACGACUGAGAGUGGAAUAGACACUUUUUAUAAUGCCGGGAUAAGUGUUUAAACUAUUUUUGCCUAAAGAUUAUAUCAAAGAGCAAAAUGAUCUAAUAUACUAAUCCGUCCAUUCAUCCAUAAAAUAAUUCCGUCCAUGUAUCCACUGGAAAAAAAAAUCCGUCCAUUUCCCUGUUGGAAUUCAGGUGGAACAAAGACCUUCGAAUCUAGUCAACACGAAUCAUUGCCAAAGACUUCUAUUCCUCAUAUUAUUAUUUUUUUUCUUUUAAAUAAUGCUUUAAUGAAGACAUAUUCCCUUGCUUACGUUUAAACAACGAAUCUUCCAGAAAUAGAGAUUACUUUUGGAUUCUUUUGUACUACAGUGCAGUACAGCAGAGUACUGUCAAUUACCAAAGAUAUGAUAGAAGAGGUUUCUCAAACAAUUUGUCCUUCAAUGUAAUAGGUUCCAAUGAAAUUAAGGCACCCUUCUGGAUAUGACUAUAUUUCUUUAAGAAGUUAUCCCAAGCACUAAAAUUACUUUACUUCAGCUACGUAAGUUUCGUUUUAAGACAAAGUUUCCGAUAUAAUUUCAAAUUCCCGAAACCGAUCAUGGAAACUUGAGCGAGUGAACUUCAGUCUGAAAAUAGAUAUCAUUUCCUCUAUUUUACUUGUAUAUAUAAAGUUGGUAGACAUGAGAGCAAUAUUUUGCACAUUUUA